AUGGGAUGGUUCUCAAAGACUAAACCGAUGGACGAUCAGUCCAAGCCUCCUUCUAGAUCUUCCAGGAAACAGUGCUGGGAGUCUAGGGAUGGAUAUUUUCAAUGUUUGGAUAAAAUCUCGGUGGUAAAUGCCCUGGAACCCAAACAUCAGAGUGAGAUCCAAAAAAACUGCAAGGGCGAGGAAGCUAAGUUCGAGCAAGACUGUGCGACGAGCUGGAUCAAAUACUUUAAGGAAAAACGCGUGGUGGACUACAAGCGGGAGAAAUUCAUGCAAGAGAUGGAAAGUAAAAACGCUCAGCAGAUCGAUCUUUCGGGGAUGGUAAGGCGCUGA